AUGGUACUAUUUCAUGACCUGAUCGAGGAAGCUUAUCUCAUCUUUGGACCAUUUUUCUACAUCGUCUGCCACAUUUCUGGACUCAUUCUUGAGCUGCUGCCCUUUUCGAUUCAAAAACCAAAAGGACCGCUGCAAGAAAAACUCUUCCUCGCCCUCUUCAUCGUCAUGUACAUCAUCAACUACUAUUUCUGCUGGGCGCUGGAGUUCGGAGAAAUCCGCUGCGAAAAAAUCUGGGCGCAGAUGAUUUUCCUUCAGGCGCUGGUCUCCUUAAUUCCCUUCACUCUGCUCACAGUUGGAAGCAUGGUGAUGGUGCACCUAGCUCACUUGGCAAAUGACGAUGAAAUGAACACAUCAAACAAGAUCAAAUCAAAGAAAAACAUUUCCGAAGACGAUCAGCCCUUACUUUCUGAACACCAUGUUUCUGAGGUUGUAUCAGAGUAA